UGUCCCUCGGUCGGGUCGUACAGUUCCUGGCGUCUGGCUCUGAAACCUUCUAGAUAAUUCCCUGCUCAUGUUCGGCAUGCAUCUAGUCUACCCCAUCGGCAUCUGACGUUGGACGACAAGGCUGUGGAGUGACCGCAGUAUCGGUUUAAAACAAAGCCUUGUCACAAUACUGUCCAUUGCUGUAUUGGGGGCAAAAAUGCGUCGGAAGACACGUUUUGUCUGUGUUUCCGAUACGCAUGCCUACACGCCGUCAGAGGCCGGCUUCAAACUUCCAGCUGGAGAUGUCUUAAUCCAUGCUGGAGACCUCACCAAUCACGGGAGCUCCGCCGAGCUGCGCAAGACAAUGAGUUGGAUUGCUACGGCUGAAUUCGAAGUCAAAAUCAUUAUCUGUGGGAAUCAUGACAUCACACUGGACCCAGGUUUCUAUGCUGAAUAUGGGUCUCGGUUUCACGGCCAGCAUCUAGAAGACACCCAGAAAUGCAUCGAAAUCGUGACUCAAGCCUCACCUUCGAUAGUUUAUCUCAGGCAUCAGUCAGCGCUAGUCCGGCUGACCCGGCCCAACGGCCCAAAUACCGUCUUCAAAAUCUUUGGCUCUCCAUAUUCCCAAUCACCCGGGACUUGGGCAUAUGGAUACGAAUCGUCGGAUUCUGCUGCGCUUUGGAACAUCAUUCCAUUGGAUACGGAUAUUAUCGUGACGCACACGCCGCCUUACUCUCACUGCGAUAGCCGAACAGAAGGCAUAUCAGUUGGAUGCAAAGCCCUGCGGAGUACGCUGAGCAAAGUUCGACCGCUGCUGGCAAUUUGUGGCCAUGUACAUGAAUCGCGAGGCUCUGAGAGAGUGCGAUGGCACCCGCGGGCGGCAUCAGCAGCAGCAGCAGCAGCAAUAGUGGACGAACCAAGUCAGGAAGAUGAAAUUAUCCGGGAUAUUCUGCCUCCUUCGGGUAGUAGAAAACAAAGCCUUGUCGAUCUCACUGGUAAGAAAGCACCAAAGCUAGAUAACGAUCACUUUGCCAUCAACAACAUUCGAACGCCUAUCAGUCGGCUGUUCGAACCAUCACAGAAUGUCCUGCUCUUACCAUCGUCUGAGCGGUCGUUGGAAAGGCUCCAAAGCUCUGGAGCCGAACAACCAACGUCAUCCUCCCUGUCUUCAUGCCUGAAAGACAUACAAAGUAGCGAUAAGGAUGGGUUAUAUCCGCAACGACGCGAAACAUGUAUUGUCAAUGCAGCGAUCAUGGCAACCAGUUGGCCACAUCGAGGUGGGAAGCGGUUUCAUGCCCCUAUCGUGGUGGAUCUAGAACUCCCGGUCUGGAAUGAGGAGAAAGAGGGAACUGCAAGCCGCGGGCUGAGCAUCGUACCCCAUCCUUUCGCUCCUGAAUCUUCAGGCUAAGAUUGAAUGUGAUUAUUGGUUUUGAGAAGUGGGAUGUCGCUUGUGGUGCAGCAGGCUGCUUGAGCUUUGACCCGCGGUUUGACGUAUGGCUGACCGUUUCGGGUGGGAUGCAUCAGUAGUUGCCUUGGAACCGGAGGACAGUUCAGUCAUGUAGCUCGCUCCGCCCCAUGCUGUUUUGAGUAUUCGCCCCGAACUGCCUGGGAGUGGUUGUCAGUCACAGGAAGUGAGCAGGAGUAAGUUUACA